GAAAUGGUGUGGAGAGGUCGGUUGAGAGGUGUUUGUCUUGUUUGUUUUAUCUCCUAACUGGACUUCCAUUUUCAUGCUUAUGCAGAAAGAGAGAACCUAAAUAAUAAUAAAAGGUACCUGAAAAUGCCAUCUGUUUCGUCGUUUGGAAGAAGCAGUCCACACUCGGUUUAUAGCCGUACGUUCGAAUUAUCGGAUGAAUACGGAGAACUGCAUUCUCGACGGGACAGCGACUAUGGUCUCGGCGGAGCAAUGUUGCCGAUUUUUUUGAAGGAUUUGAGGAGAAAUAACCAACAGCAAGAGGAUUUAGUUGAAGUGACGCUAGAGCUGGAGAAGGACGCCGUCGUUUUGUGCAGUGUGACUCCAAAUGUACCUCAGUCCAGUCAUACCGAAGGAGACAGUUCCGACGUGCCAUCCGGAGUGCUUGAGAGGAGCCUCUCGGCGACCUCCCGACUUCGGAAAAAAUUUAGUUGGUUAAGAUCAGGAUCGUCACGCUCAACAUCAUCCGAUAUCUUGGACCGUAAGAUUUCGGAGCGUGAUGCGCGGAGAAUCAAAGCUAAAUUUGAACGGACGAGAUCGACUGCACAGAGAGGACUGAAAGGACUACGAUUUAUCAGCCAAACAACAGGAGCGUCCGACGCAGAGGAGCUCUGGAAAACAGUUGAGUCAAGGUUCGAGCCGCUGGCGAAGGACGGCUUGCUCGCGAGAGAAGAUUUCGGUGAAUGCAUCGGAAUGGUGGAGUCAAAGGAGUUUGCAGUGGGAAUAUUUGACGCGUUGACACGACGGCGAGGUCUAAGGGUGUACAAGAUAACGAAAGAGGAGCUUCGCGAAUUCUGGUUGCAGAUUUCGGAUCAGAGCUUUGACGCUCGUCUUCAGAUUUUCUUUGACAUGGCUGAUAGAAAUGACGAUGGAAGAAUCACGAGAGACGAAGUUGAGGAGUUAAUUAUGCUGAGUGCUUCUACCAACAAGUUGUCUAAGCUGAAAGAUCAAGCAGAAGAAUACGCCUCGUUGAUAAUGGAAGAACUGGAUCCCGAAAAUCUUGGUUAUAUCGAGUUGUGGCAGCUGGAAACCCUACUCCUACAAAGAGACACCUACAUGAACUACAGCAGACCUCUCAGUUCAGCAAGUGUAAACUGGAGUCAGAACUUAAGUUCAUUAAGACCCAUGGGCAUGAUCCAUAGAGUGAGCAGUAAAUGCCUGUCUCUAUUUCUAGAGAACUGGCAAAGAGGUUGGAUUUUGUUGUUGUGGGUAAUGGUAAUGGCUGCACUCUUCACUUGGAAAUUCAUCCAAUACAGAAACAGAGCAGCAUUUCAAGUGAUGGGCUAUUGUCUGGCCACGGCCAAAGGUGCUGCAGAAACUCUCAAACUCAACAUGGCUCUGAUUCUUCUACCUGUUUGUCGAAACACCCUCACUUAUCUUCGAUCCACUAUAGCGAGGUCAUCUGUUCCCUUUGACGACAACAUAAAUUUUCACAAGACGAUAGCAGGUGCAAUAGUCAUUGGAGUCCUAAGCCAUGCCGGUAUUCAUUUAGCAUGUGACUUUCCCCGAUUAGUGAACUCAUCUCCAGAAAAAAUUGCCUUCAUAUUUCCUGACUUCCACAACAAAAAGCCCACAUACACAGACCUUGUGACUGGUGUCGAAGGUGUGACUGGGAUUUCUAUGGUCAUUUUAUUGGCCAUAGUGUUCACCCUGGCAGCACAUAAAUUCAGGAAAAAUGGAGUGAGGCUACCCCCGCCUUUCAACAAAUUAACAGGCUUUAAUGCAUUUUGGUAUUCUCAUCACCUUACUUGCUUGGUCUACAUUUUGCUAUAUGUCCAUGGAACCUUCUUAUUCUUGUCCCACAGGUGGUAUCAAAAAACGACAUGGAUGUACAUCUCUGUUCCCUUGUUGCUCUAUACAGCAGAGCGGCAUCUGCGGACGCGAAGAUCAAGCUAUUAUUCAGUAAAAAUACUCAAUGUUUCUUUUCUACCAGGAGAUGUCUUCAGCAUAGUCAUGUCCAAACCAAAUGGAUUCAAGUACAAAAGUGGGCAGUACAUAUUUCUCCAGUGCCCAUCUAUCUCCUCAUUUGAAUGGCACCCAUUUUCUAUUACCUCAGCACCAGGAGAUGACCAUCUCAGUGUUCAUAUCCGGAUAGUGGGAGACUGGACACAAGAGUUGCAGCAAGUUUUCUCAGACGGCAAUGAUUCAGCCUGUGUUAUUAAUCGAGCCAAAUUUGGUCAACUUGGGCACGUGGAUCACCAUGGGCAACCAAAACUGAUUGUUGAUGGCCCAUAUGGUGCUCCGGCACAGGACUACAGAAAUUACGAUGUCUUGCUCCUUGUGGGGCUGGGAAUUGGAGCUACUCCUUUUAUAAGCAUCCUUAGAGAUCUUCUCAACAACACAAAAGAAGACCAAUUGGAUUUAAAUGGGGACACCAGCAGAUCAGAUGACAGUUGGAACAGCUUUGCCUCGUCAACCAUGUCUACAGCUUCAAGUUUGACAAAGAAGAAAUCUCCAAGGACAAGUGCUCAUUUCUAUUGGGUUACCAGGGAACCUGGAUCGUUUGAAUGGUUUAAAGGAGUAAUGGAUCAAAUUUCAGAUAUGGAUCACAAAGGUCAGAUAGAGCUGCACAACUACCUUACAAGUGUUUAUGAAGAAGGGGAUGCAAGGUCAACCUUGAUCACCAUGGUUCAAGCUCUCAGCCAUGCCAAGCAUGGUGUUGACAUCUUAUCUGGCACUAGAGUAAGGACACACUUUGCAAGGCCAAAUUGGAGAGAAGUGUUCACCAAAAUAGCUUCAAAGCAUCCCUGCGCUACAAUAGGGGUUUUCUACUGUGGGAUGCCAGUGUUGGCCAAGGAGUUGAAGAAACUAUCGCAAGAGAUGAGUCGUAAGACAUCCACGCGCUUCGACUUCCACAAGGAGUAUUACUGAGACCAUUUAAAACUCUCAUUUUUUCCUUUAUAAUUUGUGUAAUUAAUCAAAUGAGAAAUGUAUAUUUAUAUUCCUGAAUGUAGGUCAGCCAGUUACACAUAAUUGAUAUGGUAAUGUUGUUCAACACACAACAUUUUUAUUAAACAAUACAGAAGAAGUUGCAGCUU